AUGGAGAUUUUAUUCAGUCUAAAAACUCAUAUUUUUAAGGUUUUUAUAAUUAGGAGGGUGGAUGAUAUUCAAGACUCAAGCGAAUUACGGCGUGGCGUUCCGUCUUCAUACACGAUUUAUGGCGCUCCACCCAGCAUGAAUGCGUCCGCCUACGUCAUGACGGACGUGACACAUCGUGUCCAUAACGUAUUUCGGGAUGCCAACGUGCUCUUAACGUUUGUCAAAUAUGUCAAGUUUAUCCACAUGUCGCAAGGGAUGGAUUUGUACUAUAGAGACAUUCAGUGUAACAAGGAUGACUUAAAGGAGGCCAAUAUUCCAACGGAGGAAGAAUACAACAAAAUCCUGGUCUAUAAGACAGCAGGACAGCUCAUGAUGAUGGCGACAUUGCUGGGAGCAAAAAGCAAGACAGGAAUUGAUGUCGUUCCUCUGGCACAAAUUAUUGGACAUCACUUUCAAAUUCGGGACGAUUACUUGAACAUUAUGUCAAAACAGUACGAAGAAAAGAAAGGUUUCUGUGACGAUUUGGUCGAAGGGAAGUUCAGUCUUCCCGUCAUUUUUGCACUACACUUACCCUACUAA